CAACGGAUUUGUUUGUGCAGUGGUUACUAUCGGUUUGGUCCCUCAAAGAGACAGUACUGGAAGAUAGAAGAAAAUGGACAAUAUUGAAACACUUAAGGACCGCAUUGCUGCGACUAGUUUGGAGAGAAGGCGUAAUAGAGAGAUGCAACGUCAAGAUAGGAUUUUUAAUGCUAAAGUUAGAACGAUUGGGAUUGAUAAAGAGGCUCUUGAUUUUCAAGUGAAUGAAAGAAAACGAAAAGAAGCGAAAGAGGCAGAAUCACAAAAAGCUUAUGCUGAAGAUGUGGUGCUUAAUGACAAGGCUGCCUGUGUACUUGAUCAACGCCAACGCAAUGAUGAGCGUCUGCUGCAGAAAGCCAUAGACGACUUCCGACUGAACUUCCAGCCACGCUGGAGCCGGCGAGAGUAUGACAUGAGUAACCCGGAUGAACUUAGGAGCCAGGAGGGGAUCCAGAUGUUGCCUGGCCUUGUCGGAGAAGACCCAGACAGUCAAGGGAGGCUGAAAAGGCAGCAGGAGCAACUCAGAGAGUGGUCCAUCCAGCAGCAGCAUGAGCUGGCCACAGCGCGACACCAGAAGAGACUGGAAGAGCAGCAGUAUGAUCAGGACAGAGUGGACCUCGACAACAAAGCUCUCCAGCUCCAGAAGAUGGAGGAGGAGAGGUUGAGAGCUGUUGCCCUGGCAACAAAGGAUUUCAAUUUGGCAAAGGCGGCAGAGAAUGCAGAGAAGCGCUGGAAGGAGUGGCGGCAGGAGCAGGAAGACAACAGGACAGACAUCCUGAACCAGCUGCAGGGGGAAGUGCUGACUGAAAGCAAGGAGCAGGGCAUCAGUGUGCUGGGUCUGCCCCGCCUCAGGCCCGACCACUACAAGGGCCUUAUGAACACGCAGCUGCAGCUCAUUGAUGACCAGCAGCGACAGAUAGAGGAGAAGAAGAGAAUUCUGGCUGAGCAGCAGCAAGAAGAGCGCCAGCAGGAAGCUCUCCGCAUGUCCUCGGCUCGCACCGCCCUGCUACUGGAGCGACAGCAGGCUCGCAUCAACAAGCAACUCCGUCGCACACUGGAUAACACCAACGCACAGCUGGCUGAGGCCCGUCGUCAACAAACAAAACACCUGGAGAAGGUGUACACUAACAUCCCAGAUGAGAGAUUCUUCUCCCAGUUCAACACCAGCAGUCGGUAAAGGAUGACAGGAUCGUUCUGGGUUGUACAUAAUUCAGCUAUUAUGAAGAUAUAUUUGAGCGUACCAAUAAAUUAUGUCAAACAGUU